AUGCUGCGACGCAUGCGCCACAUCGCGCAGCCUCUUCUGUCGCGUGCAUCGACGGUCCGCGACUUCACCUUGAGCAGCCUCCCGCCCACGGCCAAUCAUGCCACGGCGCCGUCGAUUGAUGUCGCCCGCAUGCACGCCAAGCUACAGAGGCUCUGUGACGACAACGAUUUUGCUGGCAUCGUCGAGGAAGUGGCCGCGUACUACCGCCCGCUUCUGCAACCACUCGAGGGGACCGCGUUCGACCCGGUCAUGACGGCGCGCGUAGAGGAGGAAGCGAUGGCGCUGCUCGCCAAGUACCUACAGCAAGACGCCGCGACGCUGCUGUACGAGAACCUCCAAGCCAUGACGGCGGCGUCACCGCUCGUCCAGCCGACGCCAUGCACCAUGUCCUUUCUGAUGAGCAUGCUCAGCUCUACCGACGUCGAGGCGGCCAUGGAUCUUGCGCUCGGCCGCGGCGUCGACCCGACCGCGUUGAUGAACGCGUCGUACUUGGAAGCACUCAUCUCGACCAAGCAGCUGGCGAAAGCGGCGGCGUUCUGGCGGCAGCUCAGCGACGCCAACGGCCCGCGCAACCCAAGUGGGUACCAUCAAGCCAUCGACCUCUUUCAGACGCUCCAGAGCGUUAAGGACCUGAAGCGAAUCGCAGACGACAUUGUGCUCCACCGCAUUCCGCUCUGCGAGCUCGACUACCAGAACCUCAUGCUGGGCCUCGCCGCAGGGUACCAGAACAAGAACGACCAAGCGAACGGCGCCAAGUAUGCCGAGGCUGUCUUGAUGCUCCUUGACAACAUGCAGCGCGUGGACAGCCUGUCGCCGUCGCUUGGACCCAUCGACGUCAUCACGAUGGACGCUCGCAACUACCUCGGAGCGUGUGACGCGGCCACCACCACGAGCACGUCGCUUUUGGUUGACGCGGCGCCUACAAAUGACGUGGCGCUGCAUAACGGCGAGAAUCCCAACUCGUCCAACGAGAACGGUGUGGCGGCCAUCGUCGACGUGUCCCUUGCGCAGGGCGUCGCUGCUACGGUGCCAGACAUCUGGGGGUCGCCCCUCUACCGCGCCGUGCUCUUCAACGAGCCCGAAAAAGUCAAAUCCUUGCUGCCAUCCUCGGACAUUGACGCUGUCACGGGCGGUGGUGAUUAUCCUCUCUACAAUGCGGCCUUGAAUGGCCGCUUGGAGAUUGUGCAGCUUCUCGUCGAGGCCGGGGCCACUGUCGCACCCGCCAACAAGGACGGCGGCACACCGCUCAUGGCGGCAGCGAUGAAGGGUCAAUUAGCGACCGUCGCGCGCCUACUGCAAGAAGCGUCGCUCCAUGAAGGGAGCACGGCUCUCUACUGGGCUGUCAAUUCGCAACAACCGGACGACGACACGCAAAUGGUGGCCAUUCUAUCGAUGCUCUUGGCAGCCGGCGCGAAUCCGCUCCUCGCGACCAAUACGAACCCGACGGUGUUUACGCAAGCCAUUACACGGGGCUGGCGCGACGUCGCCGAGCUGCUCUUGCCGUACUUUGAUAUCGACGCGGGCGACCUGUGUUACGACGAGACGAAGACACUUCAACAUUUCUCGUACCUCCGGCUCGCCAUCAACACCCGCCGAGCGCACAUUGUAUCGUGGCUCCUCGAGCUGGGGGCCGAUGCCAACCAAGAAAUCGAUGGACAUCUUCCGCUGCUUGAUGCUGUCAUGCACAGCGACGCCAGCACGCUUGCGGUGCUGCUGCCUUACAUGAAGGACUUGGAAGUCAUCAAUCCGUAUGGGCACACAGCGGUGUUUGUGGCGACAAUCCGAGCCAAGGUGGAGAUGCUUCAGCUUCUCGCUGCGCACGGCGCCAACGUCGCCUGCGUGGACCAGGCGCAGGAGCCGAAGACUGCCAUCGUCAUGGCGAGUCUCCUGGGCCAUGCGGCAGUCGUGCACUGCCUGCUAGAGCUGGGUGCGCCGAUUGACGUCCCCAACGUAGUGCGCUUUCACUUUCGUAAGAACUGAU